UACCCCUGCCUAAUUCAAUUAUAACACACGUAAGAAUUAAAUAACAUUAUACAAAUCAAACCGCGGGGUUAUCAGGCUUUCCGCUUUGCAAUCCAUUCCUUCCUGUCUUCAGGUGACCGUUUACCUUAUAAUUCAAUUAAACAAAUGCCUUUUGACGAGACAUUGCUAUAAAAGUUUUGAAAGGAGUUUAGAAGAAGUAAUGGCGUUAUACUCGUAUAUAUUCGGGCUGUUAAUGGCGUGUGUGUCGUAUGUGGUGUAUCAAAGAUAUGUGAAUGUGUACACUAGUGUUGUUGUCAAGCCGCAGAAACGAUAUGAUUAUAUUAUUGUGGGAGCAGGCACAGCGGGUUGCGUGCUCGCCUCCCGCCUAUCAGAGGACCCGAACAACAAGGUUCUACUGGUAGAAGCAGGGGACCACAUGGGCUACUUCACCAAGAUCCCACUGACAGCCACAGCCGCCCAGCAGGGACCUGACGACUGGGCUGUGAGGACCAAGCCGCAGAAAUACUCGUCUUUUGGUCUUUGGGGACAGUCACAAUUCAUACCACGAGGCAGGGGCCUCGGAGGAUCAGGCCAAAUAAACUUCCUAAUGCACGGCUUUGGUCUUCCCGGAGACUAUGACAGGUGGACAGAGCUAGGCUUCGAGGGGUGGAGUACUGAGGACUUGAGGCCUUACUUCAUAAAGGCCUUUGGAACUGUGAGGAGUGAGUUCGAUUCGGGACAUUGUGCUGUUGAUGGGGACUGUCCUGCAGCCAAGGUGCCAAUGAAACUAAAACUGAUAGACGAAGAGAAUGAACUGAUGAACACAUUCAGACUAGCCUCAUUAACUUCCCAGGACAAACACACGGUAUUUAGGAAACCCACAGCUACCGUCAAAGAUGGCGCUCGACAUUCUAGUUUAGACGCUUAUUUGAAACCUGCGUUGAGGAGGAAAAAUCUUCAUGUGCUGUUGAAAACACAAGCGAUUUCCAUACGAUUCGAGAAUACCACAGCAUCCUCACUGUACAUUCUUCAAAAUCAUCGUGAGCUUGACAAUAUAUUCGUGAACAAAGAGAUCAUAGUGUCAGCCGGAGCUAUCAAAACUCCGCAGCUAUUGAUGCUAUCAGGAAUCGGACCACCGGAACUAUUGCACAGGCUAAAAAUAAAGCUGGUAUCAUCAAACGCGGCAGUAGGCAGCAACUUCCACGACCACAUGAACAUGCCCAUCUACGUGAGCAUACAGAAACCGGUCAGUGUGACGCUGUCCAAGGUGUUCACCUUCAGCACGGUAGCUGAGUACUUCUGGAAGAAUACUGGACUAUUAGCAUUUCCUCCACUAUCAGGCGUGGAAUAUCAAAACACCUCGGCCGUUAUGCUAUUCUCAAUGGGCACAGCCAGCGAGAGGCUUCUACGAGAUCUAUCCAAUUACAAGCCACAGGUAUUCCGCGAUACAUUUGCCUUCUACAAUAACACGAAGAAGGAAGGCUUCAUGUUUCUCUGCACCUGCGUACAGCCCUCUUCGAGAGGAAGUGUCACUCUGGCUGACUCCACCACCUCGGUGCCGCCCGUGGUAGACCCUAAUUACUUGGAGCAGUAUUCUGAUGUCCAGUGCAUGGUUAAAGCAAUUCGAAGAGCGGAGCAGUUGGUAUCAUCAAAGGCAUUCCAAGAGAUAGGAGCUCGGAUACACUGGCCGCGCCCCGAACGAUGUCUCUCUCUCUGGAGGUAUACCAAGGAGGAACAGAGAGGACCUGUGUUCAGGAGGAGGAAAUUUGGCAAGAAGCAGUCACAGCCUAAAGAAACCAAAGCUCCAAAGCCAAAGGUUCCACCAAGUCCACCUGACGCGUACCUGGAGUGCAUCAUCAGGGAGGUAGCGGUGACAGGACACCAUGCGGGAGGCACCUGCACGGGGGGGACCGUCGUAGACCAUGAUUUACGAGUAAAAUCAGUAUCAAGACUGCGAGUAGUAGACUCGAGUAUACUCCCCUCUCCCGUGUCGCUGUUCCCGAACUCUGUGAUCAUAGCGAUGGCGGAGCGAGCGGCCGACCUUAUACGAUAUGGACAUAAUAAAUAA